AUGGGUAAAAAACAACGUUUAUAUAAAACCAUGUUAGAAGAAAUUAAGAAAUUAGCACCAGAUUUUGAUCCACCAAAUGUAAUGGUAGAUUUCGAACGUGCAAGCAUGAAUGCAAUUAAAAAUUUAUUUCCAACAGCAAAUUUAUCUGGAUGUUUUUUUCAUUUAUGUCAAAAUGUUUAUCAUGCUGUUACACGAUUUGAUUUAAAAACAUUAUAUGGUGAAAAUGAGAAUUUUGCGCAACAAAUUCGUUCAUUACCAGCAUUAGCAUUCUUACCAACUACUGAUGUUAUCGCAACAUUUGAUGAAAUUAAAGCUCAAUUUCCAGCUGAAGGUUUAAAGAAAGAACAAUGUUAUGUUGAUGCUCAAAUUAUUCAAGCAGAAGCUGAUGUUAGACAAGCACGAAGACGUGAACAGAUUCGUCGAUAA